ACUACCCCACCGCCUUCCCCACACCACCACGUCCACCGCUCCGUCCGAAACCAUGACGCCGGCCAAGAUCCCUCUCGUCUUCUUCGCCAUCUCCUUCUUCCUCCUCCUCUCCCUUGGAGGCUCCGUCCCCGACGACGACAUCAUCCCGUUCUCCACCGCCGACACCAAGCAGGACCAGCCGGAGAACACCGAUCGGACGGCCAUCGUUAUGCCGCUCGAGAAAUCAGUUGAAGGAUCCAUCUCCGCCGCCGUAGAGCCCUUCCACCGUGUCGACCUCUCCCUCCGCCGUCCGAUCGGCCGCCACAUCCACCGUCCGAUCGAUCCCCACUUCCCGCUCCGUCUCCGUCGCGGCUGCCGCGGCCACCACCACGAUGGCCUCGGCGGGCGGGAGAUCCCCUACGGCGACGACAUGAUAGGGUUCCCCAUGGGACCCAAAAUGGAGAGGGGGUUUCCCGGUGAGAUGCGCUCGAUCCCGAUGAGGGGGCCCCGAAUCCCAAGGGGAUUUCCUGCCGAGAUGCGCUCGAUCCCGAUGAGGGGGCCUCGAAACCCAAGGGAAUUUCCUGGCGAGGUGCUGCCGGUCUCGAGAAGGCCGGAGUUCCAGAGUGGGUUCUGGAAGGAGAGGGCUGCGAUGGUGCACGGCAUGAGGGAGGCCGAGGGGCGUGAGAUCUCGAUGAAGGAGAAGGUCAGGGAGAAGCGUGAGGAGGACGUCGAGGACGGGGAUUUCGUGAAGCGGAUCUGGGCGAUCUUUAACCGCUUUUGAGCGUUCCGGGGUUUUGUAGGGCUAGCAGAGUAGCAGGUAACUUGGGGACGCUCGCUGUGGUGUUAUUAUUAUGAUUAUUAUUAUGAAUAUACUUGAGCUGGUGUAUUUAUUUUGGCCUAUGUAUUAUUUUUACCUACUUUAUGUGCUCAUGUAGUUCGGUUAUCUCAUGUAAACACUAUAUUUCUCUGUAUGUAUUUUAAAUUAUAAGAAUGGCAUGCACUAUUUUUCUUUU